AUGGCCAAGAAGGUAGUAGAGAGUAGUGACGAGUCGGACGACGGUCGGUCUAGUGCCUCUGGAUCCGCAAGCUCUCGCUCUCGUUCAGGGUCUGAAUCAGGAUCAGGCAGCGACUCGGGCAGCGGUGACUCCGGUAGUGGCUCGGGCUCAGGUAGCGGGUCGGGCUCAGGCUCAGGCUCUGGAUCUGACUCAGGCUCUGGUUCAGGUUCUGGUAGUGGGUCAGGCUCAGGCUCAGGAUCGGGCUCAGGCUCGGGCUCGGGUUCGGAUACUUCUAACUCACCAAAGAAGAAGCUUAAAAAGCGACGCACUCCUGCACCCAAGAAGCCGAAAGCCGCUGCUAAGAGUAAACGACGUGUUAAUAAAGCAAAUAAGAAAAAUGCACAAGUACAAGCAAAUGCCGAAGCAGAAGUUGAAGCGGACGACGAAGGCAAGGCGAAGAAAAAACGACGGGGAAAACUUCGAGUCAAAGAAGAUGAAGACGAGGAAGAUGACGAUCUUGAUGUGGCUGGAUUGACCGAAGUGGAAAAGGAAAAAAGAUUGCUGGAGAAAUACGAAGCAAAAGAACAGCGCAAUAAGGAGCGUGAGCUGAAGAAGCGACUUGCAGCAUCUCAAGGCAAGGCUGAAGACGAGUCGUUUGAAGAGGAGGGGCAAGAGCUGUCAUCGACACGUCGUGGAGGUCGCACAAGAGAUAGCGACAGACGUAAGGAAGCACUGCAUAAUUUGAAAGCAAAUAAGUCAAGUGAUAAGAGUCGAUCGAUUUUAAGCAAUCGAUUCGGAGAUGAUGAUAGUUCGGAAGAAGAAGGUGGAAGAAGUGGUCGUGAUUUGGCUGAAAAGCGACGUCGACGUCGAGAACUUCAACGUGGUGGCUCUGGUCGACGUCGUGGUAAUACGGAUGAUAAUGAUGAUUAUAGUGACGAUGACAGUGACUCACGCAAGUCAAAGAAACCGAAGGCAACCGAUGUGGUUAAGACGACAGAAGACGAUGAGUUAGCGGCUCCAAUUCGUCCUGAAGAAAAUAUUCCAGUGACGUGGGAUCAAGCCAAUCAUUAUUUGCUGCGACGACGAACAUUUUUUGAAAAGCAUUUUUUUGAGCCUUUUUUCUCGCAAUUGGUACGUGGUGUUUACGUGCGCGUUCCAAUUGAAAUGGUCGACGGUGAGAUGGUUUAUCGCUUCUGUGAGGUCGUGAAUGUUUGCAAAUUACCACGUAGUUAUUCGUUUUGCGGUGAGUCGACGCAAAUGGGGAUUAUUUGUGCGUUUGGCAAAAGCAGACGAGAGUGGAGAUUAAAUGGCGUGUCGGGACAUUCCUUAAGGGAGCGGGAAUUCUUGUUGUGGCGAGCUGUUAUCAACAAGGAACGACUUCAUUUUCCCACAUAUGGUCAAGUCAAACGAUUGUUUUCAAAAAAACAAAAAAUGAUUGCACAGCAUAACUACACGGAGGCAGAGGUGGAUGAGAUGGUGAGACGUAAACAGGCGGUAGGCCAUUCCACGGUCUCUCUUGGUGUACAACGAGUACGUCUGGAACGAGAUUUACGUGCUGCUCAAGAUAUGAAGAAUUUUGAGAAAGCGGUAGUAAUUGAGGAGCGUCUGCAAAAGUUACUAGCUAAGAACGAAGAGCGAAUGAAACAUAACUCGGACGAUGUGCACCGUAUUAAUGAAAUCAAUCGGCGCAAUCGAGAAGCUAAUAUUCAGCAGGAUCUUCACGCUCAAGAAUUGAAUAAUGCCAUGAACCAAAAAAUGACAAGCGCAGAACGUCUGCAGUUUGUUCGUGCAAAUCAGAUGACCAUGUACAUGUCCAAAGACAAGCUUGAAAAGAAUUUAGCUGAUGGCAAGCUUAUCAAGCUAAAUGAUGGCCGUGUCAUGACUUCAAACAAACUGCAUCUUGUGGAAGCGCUACCGGAUGAUCUGCUCGACAAAGUGAAAGGCGUUGGUGAGAAAAAGGCAACAGAUGGCUUAGAGAUUGAUAUCGAUCGUCUUUUGGCCAAGCAGCAAGAGCGCAAGCUGAAAGAUGCCGAGCGAAUGGAAGCGAAGCGUAAAGAACGGGAGGGUCAGGUUGAGUUUGUAGGUGCUGCUCCCACGAACGUUCAAGAGAUGGUGAACGCUACAAUUCGUAUUAGAGAUGACGAUGGUUCGUGGACGACCCUGCGUUCACCUGCUGAGAUUAUGCUGGAGAAGAAGAACAAGACAGUUGUGUCGGAACAGGUCAAAGCGUCUCGCAAAGGUAUUACAGUGAAGGAGUACUUUGACCGUGUCAAAAAAGCGCGACUUAAAUGA